AAUGUCUGAUGAAAAAAAACAAUCCCUUAAUAAAACCAGACAAAUUAUUAUUAUUAUUCUUAGAUUCCAGCUGUACAAAUAAUAAUAUUAAUAAAAACUGAAUUUGUAAUCAGACGUGCAUGACAUAUGAGAAGCGCAAAUUUUAUUUUCGUGUUCGGAGAGUGGACUGGGCGGGGAUCGAACACAGGACCUCUAGGGCUCCAGCUGGCCAGAAAAUUUCAAGCGCAAAACCCUUUUAAUUCAACCGAGAGCUCGAAUAGCACUGCAGAUCGGGUUUUUAUUGUUGUCGUGCGAAAAUUUUCUGGCUAAAAAUGUCGAGCAUUGGGGCCAUAUUAAAGCAUCCGGAGGAUCUGCUAGCUUUGCUGAAAAUGAAGUUUGCAGCAACGCAUGCCAGUAAGCAAAUUCCUUCGGAUCCAGACUUGGCAUUCUGUUACACAAUGCUGCACAAGGUCUCUCGGAGCUUUGCCUUUGUUAUUCAGCAGCUGGGAGUUGAGCUUCGCAAUGCUGUUUGCGUUUUCUAUUUGGUUCUUCGAGGACUUGAUACUGUUGAGGAUGAUAUGAGUAUUCCAGUGGAUACAAAGCUACCAAUUUUGACGAAUUUCCAUCAGCACAUAUAUGAUCCUUCGUGGCACUUCUCUUGUGGAGUUAAUGACUACAAAGAACUGAUGGACCAAUUUCAUCACGUGUCUGCUGCUUUUUUAGCGCUUGGAAAGAGAUAUCAAGAAGCAAUUGAAGAGAUAACUAGAAGGAUGGGUGCAGGGAUGGCAAAAUUUAUUUGCCAAGAGGUAGAAACAGUUGAGGACUACGAUGAAUACUGCCAUUAUGUUGCAGGAUUAGUUGGUUUGGGAUUGUCUCGACUCUUUCAUGCAGCUUCUCUUGAGGACUUGUCUCCAGAUUCCUUGUCCAAUUCAAUGGGAUUGUUUCUUCAGAAAACCAACAUUAUUAGAGAUUACUUGGAAGACAUAAAUGAAAUACCAAAAUCACGCAUGUUUUGGCCACGUGAAAUAUGGGACAAGUAUGCCAUCAAUCUUGAGGAUUUGAAAGAGGAAGAGCGGUCAAAGGAAGCUGUUCAAUGCCUUAAUGAAAUGAUAACUAAUGCACUAAGGCAUGCUACCGACUGCCUUAAGUACAUGGCAGCAUUACGUGAUCCAGCUAUAUUCCGAUUUUGUGCUAUCCCACAGAUCAUGGCUCUGGGAACGCUAGAAAUUUGUUAUAAUAAUGUAGAGGUAUUCAGAGGAGUUGUCAAGAUCCGGCGAGGUUUGACAGCCAAAAUAAUGGACAGGACCAAUGGUAUGGCUGAUGUGUAUGAGGCUUUUUUUGAUUAUUCUGGAAAAUUGGCAUCCAAGGUUCCAAAAGAUGAUCCCAAUGCUGAUGUGACAUUAAAAUACGUUGAUGACAUACAAAGGUCUUGCAUCGCCUCUGGCUUGCUAUCUAAAAGGAGGAGUUUAACUAUCGAUAGUAAAAAAGGACAUGAAGUAUUUCUGGCAAUUUGUGUACUUCUGUUGGCCGUUUUGCUUGCUAUUCUCACAUUCAAACUGUAAAUGUGGUGUGAAGAAGAUUUCUUGUAAUCAAAUUGUAAUUUUACUUUCAUUUUUGGCUUCCUUAUUGGGUUUUUCCCUCCUCUUCCAUUUUAUCCUUCAUGGGGUUGAUAGGAGGGGCUGCUGUUUUGUUCUGCUAGUAUUCGGAUUCCGCCAGGAUCAGUCCAGCUGACCGAUUGAGAGAAUGUGUGAGGGGUUUUACCAGAAUGAGCGAGUAAAUUAGUGACAGUUACUGAUAUGAGGGUUCUCUCCAUGCUCAUGUGGUUUUUUCACCCCUUAGGCCUGCCAAUCUCCCAUUAUCUGUUCAGCUUGUGCUUGAUCAUUUAUCUGCACUUUGCCCUGAAAUGCAAAUGGGCAAUUAUUUUUCUUCAGCCUAUGAGCUAUCUAUCUGGUUUAGACCAGACUGUGUACUUGUUAAUUUUGCAAUGUUCUUUUCAAAGUAGUCUUGCGCAUGUGACCUGAAGCGAAUGCCGUUUACUGAAAUUCAUUAUCUGGUAUGAAUGGUAGUCUUAUACAUAGGUUAUAUAGGUUAUAUGAGGUGCAGAUAAUUGAAAACAUUCAAAUCAUAACACACACACAUAUUAUUGUAAUUGUUAAAUACAGACAUAUAUUUCUGUUUGGAAGUUCAUGUGAUGUAUGAAUAUGCGGACUUUCUUUGAAAUA